AGUAGAGGUUGGGUGCGUUGUAGGGGUGUCGUGCAUAGUUGCGUACUAGGCCGGGGAGUGGUUGGGUGCGAAUCAUUACCUACGUUUCUUUGCCUUGGUAUUGAGUGAGUGUUUCCAAUGAAUAUUCUUGUGAGAUAACGUGAAUAAGACUGGGCGGGCUCCCUGUGGAUAUAGAAGUAUGGAGCUCUGGCCCGAAGGAAAACAAACGAGAAGGCCGCGGCUGCCCUGAAGGCCUGCUGGCAUGUCUAGCUGCUGACUUCCGGUGGUGGCGUCACCACUGCAGCACAGCAAAACACCAUGUCGAUGCUAUAUCAGACAUCAGAGGAGAGCAACGAAGACGACGUCGUCUUCGAUGAUGUCUAUGAACUAUGUGAAGUCAUUGGAAAAGGGCCGUUCAGUGUGGUGCAGCGGUGUAUCCACCGGCCGACCGGCCAGCAGUUUGCGGUCAAGAUCGUUGAUGUAGCCAAGUUCACGGCCAGUCCUGGCCUGGGCACAGAAGACCUCAAACGCGAGGCGACCAUCUGUCACAUGCUGAAGCACCCGCACAUCGUUGAGCUGUUGGAGACCUACUCGUCCGAGGGCAUGCUCUACAUGGUGUUCGAGUACAUGGACGGUGCCGACCUCUGCUUCGAGAUCGUCAAGCGUGCGAACCUGGGCUUCGUCUACAGUGAGGCCGUGGCCAGCCACUACAUGCGGCAGAUUCUGGAGGCGCUGCGCCACUGUCACGAGAAUGACAUCGUGCACCGCGACAUCAAGCCGCACUGCGUGCUGCUCGCCACCAAAGAGAACUCGGCGCCCGUGAAGCUGGGCGGCUUCGGCGUGGCCGUGCAGCUGCAGCAUCAGCAGCUGAUCAACGGCGAGCCUGUUACCAUGGAAACGCGGCCCGGUAUCGGCCACGUGGCCCGUGACUACUUCAGCGCCGACAAAACAGGCCGUAUCGGCACGCCGCACUUCAUGGCUCCGGAGGUGAUACAGCGUGAGGCUUACGGCAAGCCGGUAGACGUGUGGUCGGCCGGCGUCAUGCUGCACAUCCUGUUGUCCGGCAUGCUGCCCUUCUACGGCACCGGCGACCGGCUCUACGACAACAUCUGCAGCGGCAAACUGAACCUGCACUCGGGCCCGAUGGAGGAGGUGAGCGAGUCGGCGCGGGACCUGGUGCGACGCAUGCUGACCUGCGAGCCGCUGCAGCGGGCCACCGUCUCCCAGGCGCUCAACCACGCCUGGAUCAAGGAUCGGGAGAACUGCACGUCGACCGUGCACCUGACGCGCACCGUUGACGAGAUGCGCUGCUUCAACUCGCGCCGCAAGCUGAAGGGCGCCGUGCUGGCGGCCGUCAGCUCGGCCCGCUGGCUGCCGAUCCACGCUGACGCCGGCUACGACGGCCUGGCCGAGUCUGCUGAAGAGGAGGCCGCCACGGCAGCUGUUUCCCAGAUCCUGGACUCCUUAGAUGACAUCCAGUGCCUGCAAGGAUGCCCGAUCAGGGAUUCGACAUUUCUGAAGCCGAUCUUGGAUGAUCGGCAGCUUCACUGCCUCCUAGAGCUGUACGACCGGGUGACGUCACGCCAGCUGGGGUCGGCGCCGGCGCCCGCCAGCGACGCCAUCUCUCGGUGGCGCGACGCACUGGAAGUUCUGCGCGAAUACGAGGAUACGGGCGACCUGGCCGACAUUCUGGAGCUGAAGGAGAUCCUCUGUCGACCGCACAUGAAGGCGCUGCUGCAGGCGCACGACGUGGUGGCGCAGGAGGUGUAUAGUGAGGAGGCGGUGCGCGUGACGCCGCCGCCCGUGCUGCCGUACCUCAACGGUGGCGAGGGCUUGCCGCCGGCCAACGGCCACGUCGAUCCGGACACGGUCACGCGCGUGCGCCUGGUUCAGUUCCAGAAGAACACCGACGAGCCCAUGGGGAUCACGCUGAAGAUGAGCGACGACGGCCGCUGUCUGGUGGCGCGGAUCAUGCACGGCGGCAUGAUCCACCGCCAGGCCACGCUGCACGUCGGAGACGAGAUCCGUGAGAUCAACGGUGUGCCCGUGGCCAACCAGAACGUCGACGCGCUCCAGAAGAUCCUGCGCGAUUCUCGGGGCUCCGUCACGUUCAAGAUCGUGCCAUCGUACCGGUCGGCGCCCACGCCCUGCGAGAUGUUUAGGAAAAAUCCGGCCCCGGUGAUAGUCUCGGCCCAGAUUUACGUGCGGGCACAGUUCGACUACGACCCUAUGCAAGACGAGCUGAUUCCGUGCGCCCAGGCGGGCGUGCCAUUCCGGACCGGCGAUAUCCUGCAGAUCAUCAGCAAGGACGACCACCAGUGGUGGCAGGCCCGUCGGGAGGGCUCCGCCUCGCCGGCCGGCCUGGUGCCCUCGCCGGAGCUGCAGGAGUACCGCUCCGCCUGCUCGGCCAUGGACAAGUCCAAGCGCGAACAAGUCAAUUGCUCAAUAUUUGGGAAGAAGAAGAAGCAAUUCAAAGACAAGUACCUGGCAAAGCACAACGCAAUCUUUGAUCAGCUGGAUCUAGUGACGUAUGAGGAGGUGGUGCGGCUGAGCUCGUUCCGGCGGAAAACGCUCGUGCUGCUGGGGGCGCACGGCGUGGGCAGGCGGCACAUCAAGAACACCCUCAUCUCGUCGCACCCAGACAUGUAUGCCUACCCGAUUCCACAUACGACGCGAGCGCCGCGCAAGGACGAGGAGAACGGCAAACACUACUUUUUCGUGUCUCACGACGAGAUGAUGGCUGACAUUGCUGCCAACGAGUACCUGGAGUAUGGUACGCACGAGGACGCCAUGUACGGCACGAAGCUGGAGACGAUCCGACGCAUCCACAUGGAGGGCAAGAUGGCCAUCCUGGACGUGGAGCCGCAGGCGCUGAAGGUGCUGCGGACGGCCGAGUACGCGCCCUACGUGGUCUUCAUCGCCGCGCCCAGCCUGCAGAUCAUGACCGACUUUGACGGCAGUCUGGAGCGACUGACCAAGGAGUCUGACCUGCUGAAGAACGCCUAUGGACACUUCUUCGACCUGACCAUUGUUAACAACGACAUCGAAGAGACGAUACAGAUCCUGGAGGACGACAUCAACACGCUGGGGUCCAAGCCGCAGUGGGUGCCCGUGUCGUGGGUUUACUGACAAUCACCGACGCUGGAGCUGGCCCGGCCCGGGCCCGGCCAGAAGAGCGGCUCGCUGCGCCACCUGCUGCCCGGCAGCAAAAGUGCACGAAAGCUUCAGCAUCAGAAUUCAAAAACGAAAAUGUAAUGUGAGUGCAGCCAGCAUAUCUGAGGAGAAAUCCCAUGAGACUCAACUCCAGUGCCAAUGCUAAAGCGAGUGCUAUUCCGUGAAUAAGACUGCUCCUCGCGAGGGCUGCGACGCACGCCGGGGCGUGUGCAGGGUUGUGUUGAUGUCGGUGUCAUACGAGGCGGGCCUGAGCUGGAGAACAUGUGAUAUCGUUAGGACUGCGUGCAUGUGACGCGCCCCGUCUUCGACCGACGUAGGUGUGUCACUUUGAUGUGUGCUAGACAACAAUAGCGCAUCGCAUUAAAUGGCGUCUUUGAGUAGAAAUGCUAGAAUUUUUAAAUUCUUUUUGUCUUAAGCUGUCUGCAAGUAACCUCACGGGGUGAUUCGUUGUCUUUUUGGACUGGGCCGCGGUGGCCGGCCGGGCCGGCGCGUUCCUGCUUGUAGCGGCUAGCUGGCCGCGCCCCGCGAGUCGUUGCCCGCGUCUGGCAUCGAGGCAGACGGAUUCCACAAUUCGGUAUGCGUGUGUGCGAGCCGCUCGGGGACUCAUUCCGGUGUCGGGCGGCAGCUGCACGAUCGCUCGCCCCGGAACGGUGCGCGUGCGCGAGCGAACGGCUGGGACAGCCGCCGGGCGCGGAGCUCCGGGCAGAUCGGACCCUUGGCUCAGCGAAGCUCAUGUUACUGUUUUUACCUCCCGACUUUGGUAACUGAUUUGUAUUGAGGCUCGUAUCUUUCUGGUACCUUAGGAGAUUUAAGCUUCUUUUGUAGGUUGUGAACAUCUUUGUGUGUCAAGUUAGAGAACCUUGUACAAACGGCUUCCGUAGGCUCGGCGAAUGGCACCGGGGCAUUUGGAGACUUCUGUUUCAAGUAGCGACCAAUAAUAAACAGUUUUAUCGUGACAGGGGCGCUAUGGUUUGUGUUGAGCCUGGUUGUGAUUUCAUUAGUAGGUAGCGGCGUGGCUGCCGACCACUACCGAGUGGAGAGUUGCACUCUAGUCCGCAAUAUCGUGCCGAAUGGGCUGCGCGUGUGUGUGCCGGUACGCAGCAUCAGUUUUAUCAGGCCAAUACCCCGAGGCUGUUAACCGUGACCGUGUGUGUGUGAACCAGUUCCCCUUUCCACUUGUGUCUCAGGUUCAGCUUGUCCCUGUCUCCAGGCCGUCUGCAUCCCACGUCGGCUUCCCCGAGCAAAACAAUACAAUCACCAACACUUCCUACACGUCCUCUGGGUUACCCUGGUCCCCCGUUCCUCAGCACCCGACUGGCGCGCUUUCGGUGCGCUGUUGAUGGCGUGCGCCGGUUGCGCGUGGCCACCUCGUGUCCGGCUGCCGGCGGACCGGCGCGCCGUCUGUAUCAGAAGGGCCUGCCGCCGCCGGCAGCCGACCGUGCUGCCGCCCGACCCUAACCCCAGCCGCCCUCGCUGCACCGGACCUGGCCUGGCUGCGCCGCUCCGGGUCAUGACCCGUGACCUCACCACUUCCAUCCCAAACACAAUGCAUUCAGCCCGGGCCGCAUUGCUCCCCCCGCCCCCCCCCCCCCAUCCCCACGCACACACAACCCCCGUUCGACUGCAGGUUUCUCAGUCCCAGCUUUCCAGCCCCACCUCCACUACCUCCCCCCCCCCCCACGCUUGAACGACUGUGUCUGCGAACGAGACGAAACUGCCCCCACUUCCGACUGCAUUGUUUUUGGAGCCCUCCCCUGAUCGCAAGUGUUUCCAUCCAUGACUGUCCUGUCCCAUCCCCGAUAGCGCUGUCCCCAUCCUGACCUGACCUGACAUGACCUCAAGCCGCUGCCAUACCUGACUGCCCUGCUGGUCCGCACCCCCGUUCGCAUUGUUGCCAUCCCUGACCUUAGCGUUUUAACACACAACCCCAGUGCUUCUCGCCCCGGUGCUCGCGGGGCUACCCUUGGACGGCAUGGCACAAAGCGUCGUUUUUCUCGCGAUCGAACUUUGAUAGGUCGAUUGUCGGCGUUUGGCCGAGUUAUUUGCUGGGCUGCAUGAACACGUCUCUGUGUGGCAGAUGCGGAAUACAUGGUUAGUUGGAA